CCGCCCCAGGCCCAUCUGUCCCCACCCACCCGUGCCGGGGGCGCGGCCGCAGAACCUCGUCCCGCCCGCCCAGAGGCGUGACCAUCCCCGGCACCGGGCACUGAGCACCAUGGCCGGGCGGAUCGCCAAGGAGCUGGAGGAGGUGCGGAGCUGGAAGGGGGCCCGCGACGUGGGGCCGCUGGACGGGAACGUGCGGCGCUGGGGAGGGCUCCUGCUGCCCAACAACCCCCCAUACAACACGGGCGCCUUCCGCUUCGAGCUGACCUUCUCCCCCCACCACCCGCUGGAGCCCCCCUGCGCCACCCUCCGCACCCCCAUCUACCACCCCAGCGUGGACCUCGAGGGCCGCGUCUGCCAGCCCCUCACCACCCACGGGCACUGGGAGCCCACCACCCGCGCCAUCCAAGUGCUGCAGGACCUGCUGCUGCAGCUGGACAGCCCAGACCCCCGGCGGCUGCUGCGGCCGAACGUGGCCCGGGAGCUGCAGGAGCGCCCCGAGGAGUUCCGGCGCCGGGCAGAGGAGCACACCCGGCUGCACGCCGAGCCGCGCCCCGACCCCCACGCAUAAGGCAAUAAAUUCU